GUGCAAUUGUGCGGUCGGAAGCAAAAUCGUUUUUGCGGAAGACUCCAAAACAACAUUAAUUUCGGUCGUGAUUUUUUUUUGAUUCAGUUGUUUUAUCGUAAAUUACAUCAAAUGGUAUUACUCCUGCGGCAAACUAAUUGUAUAAUUGGUAUCUAAAUAUUCAUAGUUUUAUUCAAUGUGUCGGGUGUGGAGGAUUUUAUCACAAUGAAAGUUACCGUGAAAAGUUGGAUGGGAGUUGCCGUCUGGAAAUGGCUCGCCAACGAUGACAACUGCGGAAUCUGUCGGAUGGCCUUUGAAGGUUGCUGUCCGGAUUGUUCGCUGCCGGGGGACGAUUGUCCGCUAGUUUGGGGUGCCUGCUCGCAUUGUUUCCACAUGCACUGCAUCGUCAAGUGGCUCAACUCGCAGGCCAACCAGCAGUGCCCGAUGUGCCGUCAGACGUGGAAAUUCAAUGAAAAGUAAGCUACCUGCUGGCGGGUUGCAGCCAACAGGAACCUAGCGAGUUCCGGUGUUGGGGCUCGAAGAAUAUUAUAUACCGUUGCUGAAGGACACACGUCAUUCGAACAGUAUUACCUUGAGAGUAAUAGCAAACCAAGUGUUGGUGCUGAACUUAUAUUGAAUCAGAACAAAAAAAAGUGUGGAAUCGUGAAUUAUUUUAUCGUGGGUGUAGCCAGUCGAGCGAUUGGCCGUUUAUAGUUCAAUAAGUGCGGAGAGUGCUGGUUGUGUUAUUUUAAUAGUGUCGAUUGAAGUGUGUGGUGCAAUUUGCUGCAAUUGUGAAGAAAAUGGUGUUGGGGAAACCGAAUAUAUGAUGGUUAUUUUCGUAAUAAAAUUGGAUACAUAGUAUUUCAUGAGAAGCUGCUAAGGUAGAUCUACUGUGUGGAGCAAACAUUUUUAGCCGAAAGAAGUAUUAGUCGU